GAAAAUGGAAAUUCCAACUCCUCCAACGUCUAAGUGCAUUAUUUACUGGAAAAGGAAAGUCAAGUCUGAAUAUAUGCGUCUUCGGCAACUCAAGAGGUUUCAGGCAAACAUGGGAGCCAAGGCUCUGUUUGUGGCCAAUUUUGCAAAGGUUCAAGAAAAAACUCAAAUUCUGAAUGAAGACUGGAAGAAGCUUCGAGUUCAGCCAGUCCCAUUAAUGAAGCCUGGCACUGGGCACCCUUUCCUGAAACAGUGUACUGUUGAGAGCAAUUUCCCUGGAUUCCCAAACCAGACCAUCUUCAUGAGGUCCCUAAACACAGUAGCGUUGGUGCCUAUUAUGUAUUCCUGGUCCCCUCUUCAGCAGAAUUUCAUGGUGGAGGAUGAGACUGUGCUGUGCAAUAUCCCCUACAUGGGAGAUGAGGUGAAGGAGGAAGAUGAAACGUUCAUUGAAGAGCUAAUUAAUAACUACGACGGGAAAGUUCACGGCGAGGAAGAGAUGAUAACAGGGUCCGUCCUUAUCAGCGACGCAGUGUUCCUUGAGCUUGUUGAUGCUCUGAAUCAGUACUCGGAUGAGGAAGAGGAAGGGCUCAAUGACUCUGAGGGUAAACAGGAGGAUGGGAAGGAGGAGCUGCCAGUCACAAGAAAAAGAAAGCGAACCACAAUGGAAGGUAACAAAAAGUGUCCAAAGAAGCAGUUCCCAAAUGACAUGAUCUUCAGUGCUAUUUCUUCAAUGUUUCCUGAGAACGGCUUCCCGGAAGACAUGAAAGAGCGGUACAGGGAACUUACUGAACAGUCUGAUCCAAACGUGCUGCCCCCCCAGUGCACUCCAAACAUUGAUGGGCCAUGUGCAAAGUCAGUCCAGCGGGAGCAGUCCCUGCAUUCCUUCCAUACGCUCUUCUGCAGGCGGUGCUUCAAAUAUGACUGUUUUCUGCAUCGUGGCUUGUAUUUUUCAGCUUUCCAUGCAACUCCUAAUGUCUAUAAACGGAAGAACAGAGAGAUCAAAAUCGAGCCAGAUCCCUGCGGGACAGACUGUUUCCUCUGGCUGGAGGGAGCCAAGGAGUUUGCGGUGCUGCACAAUCCCAGGUCCAAAUGCUCAGGUCGGCGGCGCCGUAGGCACCACGCGGUCAGUGCUUCCAGCUCAAACCCCUCGUCCUCCUCCGUCGCUGAGACAAGGGAGGGAGACAGCGACAGAGACACGGGCAACGACUGGGCCUCGAGUUCCUCAGAGGCCAACUCCCGAAGCCAGACCCCCACCAAGCAGAAGGGCAGCCCUGCCUCCUCCCAGCUCUUUGUGAUGGAAGCGCCACAGGAGCCCGUUGAGUGGACGGGGGCUGAGGAGUCGCUUUUCCGCGUGCUCCACGGCACCUACUUCAACAACUUCUGCUCGAUAGCCAGGCUGCUGGGAACGAAAACCUGCAAGCAGGUCUUCCAGUUUGCGGUGAAAGAAUCCCUUGUAAUGAAACUGCCAACCAGUGAGCUCAUGAAUCCGUCCCAGAAGAAAAAAAGGAAGCACAGGCUGUGGGCUGCGCACUGCAGGAAGAUCCAGCUGAAGAAAGAUAAUUCACCUACCCAGGUGUACAACUAUCAGCCCUGCGACCACCCCGACCACCCCUGCGACAGCUCCUGCCCCUGCAUCAUGACUCAGAAUUUCUGUGAAAAGUUCUGCCAGUGCAAUCCUGACUGUCAGAACCGCUUCCCGGGCUGCCGCUGUAAGACCCAGUGCAACACCAAGCAGUGUCCAUGCUACCUGGCCGUGCGCGAGUGCGACCCUGACCUGUGCCUGACCUGUGGGGCGUCGGAGCACUGGGAUUGCAAGGUGGUCUCCUGUAAGAACUGCAGCAUCCAGCGGGGCCUCAAAAAGCAUUUGCUGCUGGCUCCAUCAGAUGUUGCUGGCUGGGGGACAUUCAUCAAGGAAUCUGUGCAGAAGAAUGAAUUUAUCUCUGAAUAUUGUGGUGAGCUUAUUUCUCAGGACGAGGCCGACCGGCGGGGGAAGGUCUAUGACAAGUACAUGUCCAGCUUCCUCUUCAACCUCAACAACGAUUUCGUUGUUGAUGCCACCCGCAAAGGAAACAAAAUCCGCUUUGCCAACCACUCUGUGAACCCCAACUGCUACGCCAAAGUGGUGAUGGUGAAUGGAGACCACCGGAUAGGAAUCUUUGCCAAGAGGGCCAUCCAGGCUGGGGAGGAGCUCUUCUUUGAUUACAGGUACAGCCAGGCUGAUGCCCUGAAGUACGUGGGCAUAGAAAGGGAGACGGAUAUCAUCUAGCCCCCUGUGGGCACGGCCCCUGCUAGGUGCCCCGAUGCCAUGUUCAUUCCAUGCUUCUCCACUGCUGCCCCGUUCCCGUUGCUGUGUGUCCCGAGUGCUCUGUUCCAGCCAGACGCCUGGGAGCAAAGCCCAGGGCAGGAGCAGGAGUCAGACACUGCCUGGGGUAGCAGGAACCUGGCUCGGUUCUGGGGCAGGUGGGCACUGGCGCUCCCGGGCUGGGACAGCUCGAGACUGGAAGGAAGAGGCACGGCCGAGGAAUGCUCAGUCUGUUUCUAAACCUGCCUGAGCGACCAGCUGCAUCUGGAGCCAAGGGACCAUGGAGCGACCCCCUGCAUGCAAGGAGCGGGUGCUUGAUGUUCUGCUCAUGCCGCAGCCAUUGGAGUGAGCUUUUAUCCCUGGGGCGUCUCUUGCUACCUCUCGAUUUCCUUCCAUGCUGAAGUGCUGGGGACGAGGCUGCUAGCAUGUGGUCAGACCUCACUGAUGGUCAAUCCCGCCUUCCUGUGGCGUGGCUCCAGAGGCCCCGGUGAAACGGGGGAGCUGCCCAGCACAGUGUGUGUGGAGGGGUCCGCCAGGGUAAGGAGCCACGCUGGUUACGCAGUGCGAUGGUGCCAGGAGGAGCCGAGUGUGCGUCUGUCGUGGGGUUGCCUUAGGAGCCAGAGGAGCUGGUGGGAGGGGGCAGGAAACGCGAGGCCGGCUGGGGCGUGGGAGGCCCCAUGCCCUGCCCCAGCUCCCAACUGCCAGGCUCUGCAGAACGCCAGGUGAACAAUGUAUAUUUCUGCUUGCUCUGGAUGGGGCCUUGGAACCUGGUGUAUCGCACACCCCCUGCUCUGCAGAACUGGGGCGCCACAGGCCACGUGUGGCUCCAGCUCGCUGCGCCUGGGGUUAGUGGUGGGCAGCCUGGGCCCUUCCCAUGUCAAGCCUUCAACCCGUAACAGGCAGGCACUGCUGGGGCGGCUGCUCCGGGCCACAGGCUCCUCUCAGCCCCUGCUGGUUUCUGUUCUGUUAGCCAGGUGAGUGGUGCUGCUGCAGGCAUGUGACUGAUGCAGACAUUUUAAUCUACUCUACUCCCUGUCCUGGAGAGGGGCUGCCCCAGAGCUGCCAUGCCAGAGCCAGGCAGUGCUGCGAACGCUGGGCACUGAACUACCUGGCACUGCUCCUUGCUGACCAGCGAGGGGGGCUGGGGCCUCUAAGGGCUGCCAGUCAGCACAGGCCUGUUGGGGAUGCAGAGGGGCUGGAAGUGUGGGUUUCCCACGGGAAGUCAGAGAGCUGCUGGCCUGCAGAUAGCGCAGAGCGUUCUGCUUGCCCAGCGCUGGGCUGGGUGCUCCAGCGUCACGCAGUUGAGCCAGCAGGUUCCCCUGGGCCAGGCUGCCCCAGCAGUACCUGUAAGGCACUUUACAAGGCCCCCAUGGCUCCCUGCUCCGGCCUGGAGCUCCUGCCAUUGCACAGAACUCUUCUCAGGUGCCGUUUGGAUCAGCGAGAGCUUUGUCUGCUGUAAAUACCUUGUGGCUGGUGCCUGCCAGCAGCUCUGUUGCGCCAGGCCCCCUCCCAGCGGCGCAGACUGGGGGGGGCAGGCUCCCUGGAGGUGGAGAGCAGGGCAGGGUCUGCUCUCAGCACCCCAUGCAACAAAAUCAAGUGAGCACUUUAAACUAGGCCUCCCUCACAGCCGAGGGGCUGGGACCUGGGUGGCUUUGGGUUUGAGGACACACCUGCCAGCCCAAGCACAGCUGGUGCUGGGUGGGGUGAGUUCAGACAGCAGGGUCUUGUCCCAGAACAGGAAUGAAAGCCAGGGCUGGCCUGGGCCUGGGGAGAAGGGGCAGGAUGUCUUGCUCUGGGCUGAGGGUGCAGCCAGGCUGGGGAGGACGAGCCAGGCUCUUGGGCCUAGUAGUACUGCCUACUAGCCCAGGCUUGUUCCUGUUCUCAAGCAUCCAGGGAUCUUUUCCUGCCACUAGCAGCUGAGCGGGGCCCAAGGCCCGUGCUGCUUCCCCCCGCCCAGGGUGGUUAGGCCCAUCUCCCUCCCUGGGGCUAGCAGGGGUGUGUGCGCCUGGGCCCCCUUGUCUGACUGAGUGACCCACCCCUCUCCAGCACCAUACCGCCCUCCCCAGCCAGUGACUUGCCCCCCGAGCUUGGCUGUCUGCGCAGUGAGAGGCUUUGUGUCUGUGGUCUGCUGCCGUGAAUUAUAUGCACUUUAAAACUGAUGUGGCUUGUAAUCUUUGUCCCAAUAAAGUGGUAGUGAAUGUC